GGACAGUUUGGGGAACAGCUUGUCAAGCAGCUGCACCCUUCCUCAAAACGCGGGAGCACCGUCAAACCUGACGAACUUUACUCCGCUGGACAUUUAUUGCCCUACCUUUGAAACUUGAGUUGAGAUAAUAUUUAACAGGGAAGCCAGCGUGUCGCAUAACUUUAGUUUUUCUCCGCGCGUGCAGACGGCUGGAUCGAUGGAGUUGUGAUUUGGACGCAUAUUGGUUGGAACACUCUCUCGUCAGCGCAGACACAAUGGUUUCCAUCGCCAAGGUGGUCCUCGGAGUCUUCGGGGUAGCAGUCGUCGUCAUUUUGAUAGCGGUGCCCACGGCCAUAUUUUUGAAUGAGGAUCAGGAUGCAAACAACAAUCAGAAAACCUUCACCCUGGAAGAUGUCUUCAACAGUACUAUGAAACCACAGUCCUACAACUUGAGGUGGAUCUCAGAUAAUGAGUAUCUGCAUAAGUCUCAGGGUGCGGUCUAUCUUCACAAUGUGGUCUCAGGGCAGCAAUUGGAGUUCUUGAGCAGAGACCACUUUGCGGAAAAAGAUGCUUAUGAUUACCAGCUGUCUGCUGACCACAAUUACGUUGCAUUCAUGAGCAACUAUUCCAAGCUGUGGAGGCAUUCAUUUACUGCUACGUAUUCACUCUAUGACCGCACAAAUAACGUAUUUCUGACAAGCUCUGGCAUUCCACAUGGAGUCCAGUACUUUGCUUGGGCCCCUGAAGGAAACAAACUGGCCUAUGUUUGGGGAAAUAAUGUGUAUGUAAAGACCAGUCCUGAGACACCGCCACAGCAAGUCACUACCAGUGGCGAGGAGAAUAAGAUUUUUAACGGGGUGCCGGAUUGGGUGUAUGAGGAGGAGAUGUUCUCUUCCACUCAGGGUUUUUGGUGGUCACCUGGAGGGAAGUACGUGGCUUAUGCUGAGUUCAACGACACAGAGGUGCCCCAUAUAGAGUACACCUGGUAUGGAGAUAAACAGUACCCCAGCACUGUUUCCAUUCCAUAUCCAAAGUCAGGUGCUAUCAACCCUGUUGUGAAGCUGUUUGUUGUGGACACUGACAACACGACCAACAUUGCUGAAGUUCUUGUUCCGGCACCAUUCAGAAACAUUGAACACUACUUGGCCACUGUUACCUGGGUGACCGAUACACGUCUGGCUGUCCAGUGGCUGAAGAGACUACAAAACCACCUCAUCCUUCAGAUCUACAACUUUGAUGGAACCAAUUGGGUUCCUGGUGAGCUACUGGAGGUUAAAAGCGCCACCGGUUGGAUUGGACGGUUCUCUCCAUCAGACCCAGUUUUUGACACAGACAAUACAAGCUAUUACCUGCUGAUGAGUGACAGUAAUAAGUUCAAGCACAUCCAUCAUGUGGUUAAGUCCAUCGCUUCACCGAUCACCAGUGGAAAAUGGGAAGUCAUUGACAUUCUGAAAGUCACUCCUGAUAGUGUAUAUUAUUCGAGUAACGAAGAUGGCGGCAGGCCAGGAGGAAGGAAUGUUUACAAGUGGACCAAAGCGACCAAAGCGAUCAAGUGUCUAACCUGUGCACUGUAUGGAGAGGAGUGUCAGUACAACUCUGCUUACUUCAGCCACGAUGCAUCCUUCUACCGUAUGAGUUGCAGUGGUCCCGGCACUCCUCGCUACACUCUCAUGAAUAACAAGAACGACAAUGUGGUGAAGGUCUUUGAGGACAAUCAUGAGUUUAAUAACCUGAUAGCUGACAUCCACAUGCCAACCAUGGAGCGUGGCACCAUCAAAGUAGCUGGAUACAAUCUCUGGUACCAGAUGUUUUUGCCUCCUGGCUUUGAUAGAUCCAAGAAGUACCCCUUACUAAUAGAUGUUUACGCCGGUCCCUGCAGUCAGAAAGCAGACUUCAUCUACAGGGUGAGCUGGGCCUCCUAUCUGGCCAGCACCGAGAAAAUCAUUGUUGCCAGCUUCGACGGGAGAGGAAGCGGUUUCCAAGGCGACGCAAUAAUGCAUGAAAUCUACAAACGUCUGGGAACCUAUGAGGUGGAAGAUCAGAUAACGGCGGCCAGGGAAUUCAUCAAAAUGGGCUUCAUUGACAAAGACAGAGUUGCUAUUUGGGGUUGGUCUUAUGGUGGAUAUGUGACAUCGAUGGUCUUGGGAUCUGGCAGUGGAGUUUUUAAAUGUGGAAUGGCAGUUGCUCCUGUCUCCAAGUGGGACUAUUAUGAUUCCAUCUAUACAGAGCGCUACAUGACUCAGCCUAAAGAAAAUCCUGUAUUCUACGCUAACACAACAGUGACGGCCAGGGCAAAGAAUUUCCAUGCUGUGCAGUAUCUUCUGGUUCAUGGAACAGCUGAUGACAACGUUCAUUUCCAGCAGGCGGCCGAGAUCUCUGAAGCUCUGGUGGAGGAGCAGGUGGACUUUGAAGCCAUGUGGUACACGGACAAGGAUCAUGGGCUUGGUGGUUCGGCCUAUCAACACGUCUACACCCACAUGACUCACUUCCUACAGAGGUGUUUUGCAUGAAGUUAACUGGAUCACCAAGAUCUAAUUUCAUUGCCUCAUGAAUAAAGAAUCAUUUUUGUGAUAAGGAUUUAUAAUUGUAAAUGCAAGCUUGAUUAUUAGUACUUUAUUCAUUUUCAAAUGUACUCCUUUAUGAACAGAAACUUGAAGUGGUCUAUAUUUAAAUCUUUCUGUGUUGCUGUUGCUUUAAUGGAAGUGAAAUUUCUCUUUGGAAGAGCUUUAUGUUUAUAUUUUCUUGCAUAUAUUUAGUCAGAUGAAACAGCUCCUCUGGCAGUUAUAACCAAAGUUUGUUUCACUUAUUUAACUUCUAAAGAGGCCAUUGCUGGACUUGGGAUACAGAUUUAUGUGAAGGUGGAACAGUGACGCUGUACUUGUACUGAGUUUAACGGUAUUGUACGCACUGAAAUAAAAUGCACCACAGUAAUUUUAUACAGUUUACCUAAUUCAUGAGUGUUGACUGUUAAAUGUAAUUAUUGUUUUUUA